AUGCGCGCCACACAAGAUAAAGUGUUCUCCUUCCACCUCCUUGUCUACGUAUGUAGCUUGUCAUGUGCAAUUUUUCUCCCACAAGGCGGUUCUACCCAGUCUAAUCCGAGCUGCAGCAGUUCCAACGGGUCUGUACUAGCUUGCAUCUGGUCGCCUAAGGAUUUCCAAUACCCGGAUGCAGAUGUUACAAUAAGUGCUGUCUCUUACCUUGCUUUUGGCACACCCAAUUCCAUGCCAUUUGAUGCAGCGUGCUCUAAAAACGCUUCGUCGAUUUCAGCUUCAUGCACGAUCAGGGUCUAUCAUAAUGCCACUAAAGGUAAAAGUUGUCGGAAAGAGCUGAACAUAGUAUUCUCCGCUGUUUCCCGAACAAAAAAUAUCAUGGAGACCCUGAGAUUCACUGAAACCGAAGUAAUCAUGGCGCCCCCGAGUGGGAUAAACGCUACAGUGAUUGAUGCCAAAGAGAUAGAAGUCCGAUGGGGGCCACCUUACAUCGAUAAAGUGUGUCCGUGUGCAUAUUUCUGCGUUCAACUGCAGUAUGCAUCCAGAAUAACGAAUACCUGGCAUACUGCAUUGAACCAGGGCAACCAUGGCGAAACGUGUGAUACGGAAAGACGCCAGAUUCUAGGGCAACUAUCACCAGGUACUCUUCAUGAUAUACGCAUCCGAGCAAAGGUCAGGCAAGAAGCUUCAUUUGGUUCCUGGUCAGAAAAUGUCACAGUCGGAACGUUGGAAGAAGCACCGACGGGGCUUGUAGAGCAUAUAACACAGGACAGCCAGAGGAUUGCAGGCCACCCCUAUGAAAGGAAAGUCCGUCUCACUUGGAGUUGGAGAGUAAGAAACACAUUUUCUUCAUUUUAAAGGGGGUGCAGCAUGGCAAAU